AUGGUAACCCAGAGCCCAGUUGUCCGAGUAGGAGUCGCCGCCAUUGUGCGCGACAAACAGGGUCGGAUGGUCGUAGGCAUUCGGAAAGGCUCACACGGUGACGGACAAUGGCAGUUCCCGGGAGGCCAUCUUGAGAUGGGAGAGAGUUAUUUUGCGUGUGCUGAGCGGGAGACGCUGGAGGAAACGGGCCUCGUUGUCAAAGCCGAGAAGCUUCUCACCUUGACAAACGACAUCUUCAGCCCGGAAAAGCACUAUAUCACCAUCUUUGUCUUGUGCCAAAGGCUUCUCGACACGCAAGAGCCCCAGGUCCUCGAGCCCCAUAAAUGUUCCCGUUGGGAGUGGAAGACAUGGGAUGACGUGAGGGCCGUUAUCGCCGGGAACACGGAGCACGGGCAGCCGGGAAAGGUCUUUCUGCCUAUCGUCAACCUUCUCGAGGAGCAACCCGACAUUGAGGCUCUGAUGAAAUCAACCUGA